AUGACAGACAUUUAUGAGACGAAUGAAACUGUAGAGGAUGUAGCAAGAAAGCUCGCAGAUCUUAAUACUUAUCCCUGCGAACUUCUGAUACCCAAAACGCAAACACAACAGACAGCACUUCUUGAGAAAUAUCCUAGUUAUGAUGGUCGAGGUAUUGUUAUGGCCAUUUUAGACACAGGAAUAGAUCCCGCUCUUCCUGGACUCCAGCUAACAACAACGGGCGAACGUAAAAUAUUGGAUUGCGUUGACUGCUCUGGAGCCGGAGACGUUGAUACGUCAACAAUAAAAACUGCUGUUGAUGGUGUUGUAAUUGGCAUCACCGGAAGAACACUACGAAUUCCAGAUGAAUGGGUGAAUCCAACAAAUAAGUAUCACCUUGGAAUCAAGCCACUUCACGAGUUAUAUUCUGAAAAAUUGAAAGGUGUUGUGAGGGCGGAACACAAGACCGAAAUAUGGGAUCCUAUGCAUCAGAUUACGUUGGCCGAUUCACAAAGACUUCUGGGAAAGCAUGAACAAGCUGUAGGAGGAACCAGUGAUAAGCUCAGUGAAAAAUACGAACGGGAAGAUUUAGCUUGUCGAGUAGAAUAUCUUACAUCAGUAAGCAGCUUACAUGAUAAAGGACCUUUGGUUGAUUGUCUAGUUUGGCAUGACGGAAGCGCUUGGAAAGCUUGUCUGGACACUUCAUUCAGAGGCAGGUUGAAGUUAUGUACUCCAAUGGGCUCUUUCCGUGAGACAGGAGAAUACAGUUUCUUCACAGAUCGGGAUAAAGCCACUUACUCGUUCCGUAUUGGUACUAAAGGUAAUCAUCUCGAAGUCGUUAUUGCCAAUGGUCUUCAUGGCUCUCAUGUUGCCGGAAUAGCCGCCGCUAACUUUCCGGAGAAUCCGAAGCAAAACGGUUUGGCUCCAGGAGCGAAGAUUGUGUCUUUUUCAAUUGGAGAUAACCGAUUGGACUCUAUGGAAACAGGAACAGCUCUUACCAAAGCAUUCAACAUGUGCGCUGAUUAUGGGGUUCAAGUUUUGAAUAUGUCAUUCGGAGAAUCAACCCAUAUCCCAAACAAAGGGCGUGUCAUUGAAGAACUGCAGUACCUUGUAUCAAAGCAUAAUGUCGUUUGUUGUAUAUCCGCAGGUAACAACGGUCCUAAUCUUUCUUCUGUGGGUUGUCCAGGAGGAACAACCUCAUUAGUACUGGGAAUUGGCGCCUGUCUAUUCCCUUCAAUGGUUGAUUCUCUCUAUGGAGGUUUGGCUAAAGUAGAUACUAUGCUUUAUCCCUGGAGCUCGCGCGGGCCAGCUGCUGAUGGAAAUCUAGGAGUUUCGAUAUGUGCGCCCGGUGCAGCUUAUGCCGAAGUUCCAAAGUAUAAUCGUAAUUCAUGUGAGAAAAUGAAUGGGACGUCGAUGAGCUCACCUAAUGCUGCUGGAGCAAUCGCUUGUUUGUUAUCAGCUCUCAAGGCUAGGGACAUUGAAUGGUCUUAUUUACUAGUUCGAUUAGCUUUAGAGAACACAGCUGCUAAGUUUGAUAGUCUUGAUAGCUUCUCCCAAGGAAACGGUGUACUUCAAAUUGAAAACGCAUUGAAUUACAUUACCAAGCAUGGCCAGUUUCUGCCCCCAACUCUCAUGUCUUUUGAAAUUCGCUGUGGCAAAAGCGAUAGAGGAAUUUAUAUGCGGGAAACUUUCUCAAAACAUCAUAUUGUUAGCGUGUCUUGUUUGUACUCUCCGCUCACAAACCUGGACCAUAUGAUUGAUUUCACUAAAAAUUUUCUGUUGACCUGUGAAGCUCCUUGGGUAACCAUCCCCAAAACUUUCCGAGUAACAUCAAAUUCCCAAAACUUCCGUGUCGAAGUUGAUUGGGAAAAGUUGGAACCUGGUACUGCUAAUUAUGCUGAGAUCUGUGCUAUUGAUCCGGAAAAUCCUGAACUCGGACCAUUCUUCCGUGUGCCCAUAUCUGUAAUUAUUCCUGUUAUCCCCGACAAAAAUACCGAAGUAGAGUUUGCCUUUGAUGCUUAUCCUGGUAUCCCUGUUCGUAACUUCGUGAAAGUACCUGCUGGUGCUACUGUUAUGGAUCUGGAAGUUACCGUUCCAUCGAAAAAACAAGAAGAUCAAAUGAGUAUUGACUGUGCCCAGUUAUUCGCGAAUACAGCCAUCAACUAUUCGUCGUUCAAUCAUUCUAUGAGUGUUUCUGAAGUAACAAGGAUAUCUAUGAAUGUCAUAGAAAAUUUUACCAAUGAAGUUGUGAUCACAAAACCUUGGAUAAUCUGUGACGGGCCUAGCAAAGUUCGGGUUGCCAUCAAAUUCCGAGGAGCCAAAGUGUUUACUCCAUUCGUUUUGCAUCAUGACAGUGUUUCCAAAAAGUUCACAGGUCGAGUGGCUUUCCGACGAGAGACCUUAAAACCCCAAAUUAAGUAUCUAGCGUAUUACGAGUCGGUGAAGCAAUCUGCUCCUUACAAAAUCGAACCGCUUGGACCGGAAGACGUAUUUCUCAAUGGGUAUCAGAUAAAUCGCUUGUUGUUGACAUACAACUAUAAAGUUGCGAAAGCAGGCCGCUACAGCUUCGAGUUUAUGGAUCUGUGUAGCUACCUCUACGAAUCAUAUGUUGAUUGUGUGAGGUUCCAAAUUUAUACUCCGAAUAAGGAAUACAUUAAUAGCGGAAGUGUAUUCCCCGCAAGAAAUAGAAUUAAGUUGACCCCAGGUGAUUACAUUAUUAAAGCCCAAAUUCGUCAUCCAUCAGUUUCCGUUUUGGAGACUCUAAGAGAUCUGAACUUGAAUGUUGCUAACAUAUUAGCCAAUCCAAUUAUUCAUGAUUUCGAUUUAUCUUUGGGACAAAAAGAAGAGAAAUGUACCAUUGUAACAGAGGAUAAGUUUUCUUUCUUUGCUUCUCAUCUCUCAAGUGAAAAAUUGAAGAAUUUGUCUCCAAAGCCUGGUUCAUUUUUGAUUGGAUUGGCUUCCAUGUAUGAUGAUAAAAUGGAUAAGCAGCAAGCUUAUUAUUUCUUUGGAAACCCCAGCAGCAAGUCAUCUACAGGCUUAUCAAAAGUAGUCAUAAACUCGAAAAAACCUGUUCUUUCCGAGCAAGAAAAAAUGGAAGAGGCAUUCCGUGAUUUCCAGCUGCUUUAUAGUAAAAACCUUAAAGAUCCUACAUUGAUAAAGAACUUAUUCGAUGAAUUGAUUGCAAAAUAUCCCACUCAUAUCCCCGUUUAUACUGCAAAAUUGAUGAAGAUGUUCGAAAAAUCAACACAUAGAACUACUGAGGAGUUAGAUGAGUUGGAAAAGUUGGUAGCUAAAAUUGUUGAUCUGUGUAACCCAAACGAAAUAUUGCAAUGGCUUGGUUGUCGCCAAGAGGUGUUGGAAGAUAAGUCUGACGAACAAAAUGAUAUCAAUCGUCGGAAGGACGCUAUCAUUCAAGCUUUGCUAGUCAAAGUCAAUGAAUAUGCUGAUUGUCAUCUUAGACAUAGCACUUUACAAAUUCCUGCUGGCUUCCUCAAGAAAACUAACCCAAUUAUUAAUAGCCCUGAAAGCUCUGAAUCUACUGAAAAUUUUAAAGACGUAAAACCCGAAUCUAAUGAAACCGAAGAAAUUGAGAAUGAAACUCAAGCUCAUCCAGAGAACUCUGUCGAAAGUGAUCCAACAGGCGACGAGCCCAGUCUGGAGAAGAGUUCAGAGCAAGUUUCUAAUGAGAGCUCUCCCGUUUCUGAAGACUCAAGUGUAAAAACAGAGAAGAUUGAAGAAAAACCUGUCGUAUCUGCCAAGAUAUCGCGCGAGCAACUCGAUACAGCUUAUUAUGAGCUUUUGAAAUGGAUAGGUCCAGACGAUUCGAGAGUACUUUUGAUUUCUGCAAAGCAAGCAGUUGCUCAUGAGCACUUUGGAAGAGCUCUAAAAUAUCUCGAAAAAUACAACGAGUUCCUUAAAAGUAAGGGUCUCCCGACGAAGGACACCUGCAAGAUUUUACAAGAAAUUUGUGAUAUUCUGGGAUGGGUUCAUCUUGGCAACUGGCAUCGCAACGAAGCUUUGCAUCAAAAUCCUCCCGACUUCAGGCCUUUCCAAUGUUUCUAA